UCCUUCCAAAAGCCUCCUCAAUUUCUCACUCAACCCCCGCUUUGCUCCCUAUUUCUAAAAACGCUUACUUGAUCGAACUGAGGCAGCAAAGCUUGUAUCUGAGAGUCUAACGCCGUUAUUCCUCCGCCUACCGGCCGUCAACGGCGACGAUGGCCGGAGAGUUGCUCGGACGGCUCUGUAACGACGGUGGGUGGACGUACGGCGCGCUCUGGCGCAACGAUUGCGGUGAUCCGCGGUUACUUAUGUUGGGGGAAAGCUACCAUGAGGAACACAGUGGGAUGAUUUUUCAGGUGGUGGCCAAUCAGGUCCAUUUGAUUGGGCAAGGAGCCAUUGGAGAAGUAGCCAUGAGUGGAAAGCACAGGUGGAUAAAUCUUGAUGCAAUUUGUAUGGAGACAAGUGAGAACAGCUCUAGUGUCAAUCCAGACAUGUUCCAGGGUAGUGCUGAGUGGCAACAUCAGGUUUGGGCUGGAAUGAAGACAAUUGCAAUAAUCUCUCUUCCCCCAUAUGGAGUGCUUCAAUUUGGUUCCACCCAAAAGAUCCUUGAAAGUUCAGACUUCAUUGCACAAGCUCAGCAUUUACUUCGCCAGCUUGGAAUCAAACAACACGGCCUUGAAAACCAGUUCUAUGGUACACCUUCAAGUAAUUCGUUCGGCGCAUCUUCGAAAUCGACCAUGUGGCCUAUAGAUAUUAAUUCUUCCAAUUAUACGGGGAAUAAAAUUUGCCCCCCAAAGGCCGUAUCUGAACUAUUCGACAUAAUUCCAACAGCCUCAAAUUCUUCUAUUAUCCACUGUGUCACUGCAAAUCCAGCUGUUUGUGUCGCAUCUUCUCCGGUGGAUGCUCCUAAUCAGGCUUUUACAGAUAAUGACUUGUUUGAUGGCAUGGAAUUCAAUCCCGUUCCAAUGAUUUCGAGGAGAGAGUGUUGGGAUGACAUAAUUUUGCCAGUUUCUAGCAAUGGUUGCGCAGAUUUUAGUGCUGAUCUUUGGAACAGUGUAUCUGAAUUCGAAAUGAGCUCAGUUACUGGUCCUGCCAAAGGGUUGUUUUCAGAUUCUAGCAGUUUUGAAGAGCUAUUGGAUGCUGUUAAAAUAUCAACUACGACUAAACACGGCCACGGAGAUGCUGAAAUCCCCAAAGCAUCACCGUCCAAAUGUGAUGUGGAGGAAAUGAUGCGAGUAUCUAUAAUUAAUGAUGUUUGUAGUGUCAAUGCUGAAGGUCCUGCAAUUCAUCAGCCCGAGAAACCAGAGGAAUCUGCCAAACCGGUUAGAAAAAGGGCGAGACCUGGGGAGAAUACUCGUCCGAGGCCUAAAGAUCGUCAGCAGAUACAAGAUCGUGUAAAAGAGCUGCGAGAAAUUGUUCCUAAUGGUGUGAAGUGCAGCAUCGAUUCUUUGUUGGACCGAACUAUUAAGCAUAUGCUCUUCUUGCAAAGCAUAACAAAAUAUGUUGACAAGCUCAAACUACCCGGCGAGCCCCAGUUAAUAGGUGAAGAGAGUGGAGUUGUUCUAAAAGACAAUACAAAUGGUCAAGAAGGUGGAGCUACUUGGGCCUAUGAAGUAGCUGGGCAAACCAUGGUGUGCCCAAUAUUGCUUCAAGAUGUUUAUCCUUCAGGGCAGUUGCUUGUUGAGGUAAAAAAAAUGCUUAUUUCAUCUUUUAUAUUCAAGUUGACCUGCAUCUUACAAGUUUCUCAUUGCCCACAGAUGCUCUGUGAAGAACGAGGAUUGUUUCUCGAGAUAGCAGAAGUUGUUCGCGGAUUUGGUUUGACCAUCUUGAAGGGAAACAUGGAGAUUCGCGAUCGAAAGGUCUGGGCGAGAUUUCUAGUGGAGGCAAACAGAGAUGUUACAAGAAUGGAUGUAUUUCUGUCUCUAGUACAGUUUCUGCAACAAAAAAGUAGCUUUCGAUUCAGUGAGUCACAUAAAACGACCAUCUCAACUGGAGUUAGUUCAUUGACUGCUUGCAAACGACGAUCCCUGGCUCCGAUUCCGAUGGGUCUGGCUGAUAAACUUCGCUGACCAUUUUGUUAGGAUGAUCUAGAAUUCGUUGAAUUUAUACUAGUUGAAUGUGCAUUUGGUGGGCUCCUGCAGGCUGCUUAUCCAUUGUAGUGUCUAUUUCAGAGCUGUAGCAGAGUUUAAUAUGUUUAACAAUUAUUUCAUAUCUUUGCCUAUAGAUGUUCAUUGUUGUUGUGCAAUAGAUUUUGUUGAAAUGUUCUAAAAAUUUUUGAAGUUAUAUUAAAUUUAUUUUCAUGUUUGUUGUAGAUUCAAGUUCGACCUUUGACAACAUUCUAGGGUUCCUAGAAGGUGUUUAGGAGAUGGAUAUAGCGAGGAAGUGGUUGUGGAAUAACAAGAGAAUGAGAAAAUGCGAGGUCAAACUGUUUGAAAGGGGAUAAGAGGCAUAUGACGACCAUCCAGGCUAAAAACAUUGGAGAGAAUACCGGCUUCAAUGACGCACGGUUGCCGAGGGUGCAAGGAAGAAGAUAGAAUAGAGCUAAAAAUCAGAAACUAAAAUCUCCAAUUAUACAAAACCAAAGCAAAAGUCUUCAAGAACAAGAAAUAACAAAGACAUAGAUAGCUCCCUCUCAAAAUAACCCUAACUCUAACUUAAGAGCUCUGUUUGUAAGGUGUGGAGAUCCCUUGGUGACGAUACUGUUUCUUCACUUUCAAAGUUAAGGUACGUAGAUUGAGUAAAGACCAAUAAAAAUAUAGUUGCAUCACAAUGUUGAUUGAUGGCUUUAGCUAGGGGUGUAAUUGAACCAAACAAACUCGUGAGCCAACUUGAGCUCGACGAAGUGGCUUGUGAACUGAGCUCGAUAAGAUAAUAA